AUGGGCGGUCUCGGUCUGCGCAAUCCUUUCGUCUCGCUCUUCCUUAUUCGCGAUGACCUGGAAAAGACGCCCGAGGAGCUGCUGGCCGACUACGAAGAGGAGGAAGAGCAUGCGUACCGGAGAGCGAAGGAGAGGUUUGAAAUCCGCGAGAUGGAGCGCGCUGGGAAUAAGAGGGGAGGUGGUUCGGACAGAGGAGGAGACUCAUUCAAGGACCUCAAGGGCGAGCCUUUCAUGAGUUAUGAUGAGUACACGCGGUACAGGGAGCUGACGUCGGCGCGGCUUGCAGCGCUUUACACGAACCUAUUGAAGGAGCCGAAGACGAAGGACGUGGAGCUCAAGGGCGAUGUCAAGGCGGCGCUGGAGGACGAGGAUGAUUGGGAAGACAUGAGCAGCUACGACAAGUGGGUGGUGCAGCUGUUCCAUCGGGAGGUGGUGGACAUGUUUGGUGGAUUGACGGUCGUUGAUAAGGCGCUGCUGCCCAUUGGGUUGAUGACCAUGCUGAGGGAGAGCCGGUUCCAGUGGCAGGGCUGA